AGAUCUAAACCACAAGAACGGCACAAUCACCAGUACAUUCUUGUGACAUAUGAACCGGGUUUAGCUGGAAUAAAAAUGUUAUUCGAGACAGAUAUCGACAUUGUCUUAAACAAAGUAAAAACUUUACAACAACCGAAAAAUGAUGAUUCAAUACCGGGCAGAGCGCUCGCUACUAUUUUUGAAAUUCUUGAUUCGCAUCGAUUGAAGAUGGAGAAAGAUACGCCGUAUAGGGGAAGAUCAAUCCCGGAUUCAGUAGUACCAGCUUGUAUUCUCUGGUUCACGAAUGGUGCGGAAUUUCAUAAUUCAGAAGGAAGGCAUCUAGCAAUUCCUCCGUUACAAACACCCGGAGGACAAUUAUUUGAUAAACCGUAUCGAUGGGAUCACUAUAUCUAUACAUUUCUUUUGAAAUCCGAAGAUACAAUAAAUGAAGCUGAUAUAACCCGGUUAACCACAGAUACAGGGGGGCAAGUAUUUGAGAUAUAUCCGACACAACCCCCAAAUUACACCUCUCACGAGAAAUACAGAGUCACAAAAGCUAUCACAAACUCAAUUGAUAGACUUUUCGGCUUACGAAUAGAUAAUAGUCCGGCUAUUCCAGCGCUCGGUCCUUUCCGUGAUCCAUGCGUGAUGAUAAAUCUAGCAGAAUUGAAUGGUGAUGGGCAAGUAGAACAAGAAAUGCGUACAACACUCUUUUUCGAUCCAGAAAAAUUGUCAAGUCGGAAAUUUUUCCCAAUACCUGAGGACGCGUGGAUCGGUGAAAUGACAAAAAAUAAUGAUUUAUUAAGGACAAGGCGAAAUAAUAUACCAACUAUAUAUUACAAGAAAGAGGAUUACAAACAGCAUUAUCGGUUUGAUGUGUGGCCCUUUUUCGAAAAGUAUACGGUGGGUUCGUGUCCCGCUGUUCGACAGCUGAUUAGUAUGCCGCCGGGAACAAAUUGGCCGAUAUAUAUAAAAAACAGUCACAAAAAAGGCGGGCUCGGAAUGCCUUUUGGGUUUUUGGUUGCUCUUGAUAAUCGCUUAUCGAUAAAUCUGAAUAUUCUUCCGUACAAUUAUCCGGCAUUGAUGCGAUUGAUGAAAGAUCAUGAGGCUAUAAUGAAAGAUCACAGGCAGAAAUCGAUUGCUUUGCCUACUAACAUAGUAAAGGACUGGUUGCGAUAUGUUAACGAUAUUCCGCUGUAUUAUCGUAUGCCUCUACAACAAGCGAUCAUCAAUCGUGGACUAGACCCAUCAAUCAUCCAGAUGGAUUCGCAACAAUUACUGCACAAUAUGACAACCGAGAUAAGAAACAAUGCGACAACGUAUUUUAAUAAUAUCUUUAAUACUUUUCAAACUUUGAAUGCAAAGAAACCUACUAUUGCUUCUUUUGGAGGAAAGAUAAAAUUGUACGAAGAUCCAUUUGAGAUUCCACAUGGCCAAGCACAAUCCGUAUUCCUUGAAAUGCUACGAGCGUAUCAACAGAAAUCUGUCCAAGAAUCAAAAAGAAAGGAUCGGGAUAAAAAUGACGAAGAUGAAAAACAUUCAUUACCAAUUUCUGUAAUGACAGACUACCAUGAAAAGGCUGCACAACUCAAAUCUCAACAACUCAGAAAUCCGUUUGAAGACGAAGAAGAAAGAAUUGAACGUGAAAAGUGGGAAAAUUUAAUUGCAUUUGGGAACCCAUAUCGGCCAAGACGUGGCUCCACUCCCGAUAACUUUAAGCCGUCUAUUAACAUUGAUAUGCCCGCGUCUCCGUCUUCUUCAUGGUCCCUGAGUCCAAGUAGCACGUUUGUAGAGUCAUCAGGCACACCACCAGGAACGCAGCAGAAUCCAUUUCCGAGAAAAAAAGAUUUUUCAAAGAAAAGACAAGGCAGAAAGAUUCUUCUCUUUCCAAAUAAGAAAACCAAUAGUAUCGAGAAUGCUGUAGCAACCUCACCAAUAAUAUCACCGUCCAAUAAAACAAAAGAAAUACAAACUAACAUCGACAGUAACAUCAUCACAGCUAACAUUACAAAUACAACACUCUCAAUUACUACUUCCGACAUUGAAAUGACAGAUGCUGAUAAAUCAACAUCAGAAGAUGUCACCAAUGAUCAAAUUAAUGACAUCUCAAAGCAGCUUCAUAAGCAGGUUUAUAUUAAAAAGGAGGACGAUCAUAAUGAAACAAUGAUGGAAGUUGAUGAAGUAGAAGACUCACCACUUGAAAUGACACCAAUAAUAGGUAAAGAAAGUCUAGAUAAUAAUGCUUCUACAGCACCACAAGUCUCAGUAGCAGAUAUAACCGUGAAUAUAUCGAUUCCCGUCGCUGUUGUCAACAAUGGUGCAAUUACAAUGACAUCAUCUCAGUUUCCCAAAUUCCCGGAAUCGGCACGAUCAAAAUAUGAUCCAUUAAUUCCGAUAGAACGUGACUCAAGUCGAGGUGGUGUCCCAGUAUCAUUAUUUAAUCCGAUGAGGAAUUGGAUGCGGCAAAUACAAAAUAUCAAUGCACAAGAUAAUCAGAAAAUCCAAGAAAUACUAACUGAUAUCAAAGAUGCGCUAAACAAAGUUGCAAAAGAACAAGAGAAUUCCAAAGAGAAUCUACGGCGUAUACUAAUCGCUUUGGCUACCUGCGCGCGCGCUCACAAAAAUUCGACUUUGGCAAAAGGGUUACGAGAGUUUGCAAGCACAUUACAAGAUAAACCGCUGCAGUUAAUACCCAUAUCAAAUAAAUGGAAAAAAGAAGGUGGUGGGCUAAUGGAAGGACAAGAAACAUUGAAGUCAACUGUGCAGUGGGUUAUGAAGGAGAUUAAAAAACGCGAAGGGUACAACGAAAGUAGUAUCAAAUCAAAAUUAUCAGAAAUUACCACGGAAAAUGGAUAUUCUCUUAAAGAGAAAGAUUACCUAUUGAAAUUAGCACGGACAUUAGCGCGAGGAAGUCGUCGAUCGAAUUUGGAAACGUGGAUAAUCUCAAGAUUGAGUGGGUGA